AUGAUUGGGCACUCAGCGCAUUUUGCGCUUCCAGUUUUCCAUCACCAACUCGUGAGCGGGGGUCGAACCGCCUUCUGGGCAGUCAACAUUCAACCAGCUGCACACUUCAUUAACAACUCACUCGCAGUCACCAAGGUCUUCCACUCUAACUCCCUCGAAUACAAUAGAAUUAGAAUAGCCGGCCGAAUGUUCCGACGCCCGCGAGCCACUGAGCCCGACCGUCAUGCUGCGGCGGUAGCCCGCAUCCUCAACCCCCUUCCCGUUUGGCCAUGGGCCGGUUCGGCAAUGAACUACUUGGGUGUUCCGGUUGUCCUCGGGGCGAGCAUGCUGGUUGUGCGAGACGAAGAUUACACAGUCGCCUGUCAGAAGCUGAAGGACGCUGGUUUCACCCAGACUUUUCCCGAUCGCGCCCCCGCUCCAGAAGUCCUAGCAGCGCAUCCAGAUCCCCAGAAGGUGAUUGAUGAGAUUAAUGCGGGUUUCAAGCGCUUGGAUCGAUCCUGCACCGUUUUUGAUUAUCCCGCCCAUCACCCGCAUCUUGGCACUCAGGUGUUUCUGUUGCCCAACUCAUUCACACACCUUCCACUACAAAAUAUCGCGCUGUCCUCUCACACAACAAAAGACUUGCUUGCGGAAAAGCAAUACAAUACAUACGGCAAUUUACAUUACCCUCUUGAAGCGGCAUUAGUGGAGAGUAUUGUCAAGGCAGCAAUUGAUGAUGAAGAUGAGCUGGGUUAUUCUACCUGGGGAGAAGAGUUGGGAUGCUGGCUUUCAUUAAUAACUGGCUAUUUAGAAGUCAAUAGUGACAUUCUCGAUCGCUGUGCGGAUUCGAAGGCAGUGGAGUGGUAUAGCAUCCAUUUUGGCCGGGUACGCGAGUCAAAAUAUGGGCCCAUGGACCGGCGCAUCUCGAAAAGGCUGGGCUCUCAAAGAGAAAUGCCGGUAGACAUGAGAGGAAAUUUAAUUUGA